UCAGUUGCGCGUUUUUGAAUAAUUCAUAACUUGUAGAAAAAUUAACAUCGCAUCACCAUCCGCCUCUAUUUGGAAGGUCUUCUAAUAAAAGCUAGUUGUGUGUCUCCCGUAUCCAAAGUGAUCGCAUCAGUUGAGCAAAUACGAUAUUCAUAAUGAAAGGUUGUAUUCUUCUGUUCCCACUACUAUAUCUCACUGUGCUUUGUGAAAGCCGCUUUAUAGAAAGCAAGCUAACGUCAAGCCGACACAGGUUACAUCGUGAUGGCUUCAAACCUUAUAUUGUCAGGCCUCGGUACGGUGGAGCAGGUAAACGUACGGCAGCCGAUGAAGAAGAUAACGAAGAUGCAGAGAUCCUGCGUAAAUAUCACGAGUUAAGAAGAUCCACAAAUAAGGAUGUUCAAAAACAUAAAGUAAUUAUCAUUGAGAAAGCAUCAGACGAUGGAGCGACACGACAGGUUGAAAAUAACGGAAAACAACACUACAGGUAUGGCUAUAUAUUAAGACAGUUCGGAGGUGGUAAAAGGGAUGAUGCAGAAAAAGAAACUCCUCGACCUGAGAGGUUUGGUAAAGAGGUGGACGAAAGUUUAAAAGACGAACCUCCAAGAUGGGGGAGAUUUGGAAAAGAAGUAGCUGAGGAAGAUGCCACUCCACCAUGGGGGCGAUACGGUGACGGUACGGAAACGAGAGAAUCUAAGCCAAGAUGGGGAAGAUUCGGGGGAAGAGACACUAACGAAGAAGUAAGAUCUGAUCCAAAUUGGCGACGAUAUGGAAGAGAAGUAAAAGUAAUAUUUGUUGAUAGAACGGAUGACCAAGGGGAUGAAUAAAAAGUAAUAAACUCUUAUUGUAGUUAGAAGAUGUGACCACGGAUAUUUUAUUUUCUUCUGCUAUUUAUUAAAAUAUUUUGCAAGAAAUUAUACUAAAGGAAUAAUUCUUUUUGCGAAUCAGUUAUAACGAAAAAUCUGUGUGGUCUGUGUUUUAGCCUCUUAAAUUGCUGACGUAAUGAUAAAUUUUUUUAGUUGUGAUUGAUAAAAUUGGAAAGGUGGAAAAGUGUAAUCUAACAAACACAAAAAGGAUCUCUCAUCAAAAAUGAUUAUGCGUUAAAAUAAUGCUUAUUGUGGAGUGGUAAUUGUGCUCUAAAUAAAUUAUGAUAUCUAAUUAUUUUUCUUCUAUAAAAAAAAAAGGAUUUAUUUAGUAAAAUUUUGAAGAAUAAAUUGAAUAUUCCGAAAACAA